AAGCCAUCCAUCCGAGCCCAUCCCCAGAUCACCCUCGCCCUCGCUCUCGCCCAUAUCCCCGCCUGCACCAUGUUUGCUCGCUCGUUGAUGACUCUCCGCGGCGCUGCUGCUGCUACCGCCAGCCGACUGGCUGUGGCUCCCAAGUAUGCCUGCAGCGCCCGCACCUUUGCCUCGUCUGCCGUUGCCGCCCACCACUUUGCCCGUGUGUUGAAACCGGCUCCCUCCUGGGCUGCCCCUGCCGUCGAGAACAAGCAGUUCAAGACCAUCUCAUCGGAUGACUACAAGGGCAAGUGGCUUGUUCUGUUCUUUUACCCCCUCGAUUUCACCUUCGUCUGCCCCACCGAGAUCAUUGCCUUCAGCGAGCGCAUCGAGGAGUUCCGUGCCCUGGGCUCUGAGGUCGUCGGCGCCUCGGUCGACUCCAAGUUCUCUCACCUGGCCUGGAUCAACCAGCCCCGCAAGGAGGGUGGUCUCGGCGAUCUCAAGAUCCCUCUGAUCUCCGAUAUCACCAAGAACAUCUCGCACGACUACGGCGUCUUGAUCGACGAGGGUCCCAACGUCGGCGUUGCACUCCGUGGUACCUUUAUUAUCGAUCCUGCCGGAGUCGUUCGCCACAUCACUGUCAACGACACGGGCGUUGGACGAAGCGUCGACGAGACCCUCCGCAUCCUCGAGGCCAUCCAGUUCAACGACCAGCACGGCGAGGUCUGCCCUGCUGGCUGGAAGAAAGGAGCAAAGACGAUGAAGGCCGAUCCCGUCAAGUCGAAGGAGUACUUCGAGGCUGUCAACUAGAGCGGCCAGCCAGCAUUAUCACGCUGCCACCCAAAGCCGCAAAGACGAAUACAGCGCGAUAGAACUGA